AUGGCGAGCAAGGAAGCUAAGUUCCCACCUCAGAGCCAGGAAACUCAGCCAGGCAAAGAGCAUGUGAUGGAACCAAUCCCACAAGCUAUAAAUCCUGACUACAAGCCCUCCAAUAAGCUUCGGGGGAAGGUGGUGUUGGUGACAGGCGGUGACUCAGGGAUUGGCAGAGCGGUGUGCCUGUGUUUCGCAAAAGAGGGUGCAACCGUGGCUUUUACAUACGUGAAGGGUCACGAGGACAAGGAUAAGGAUGAUACUUUGAAGAUGCUGCUUGAAGCUAAGACAAGCGAUGCAGAAGAACCGUUGGCAAUAGCGGCUGAUAUUGGAUAUGAUGAGAACUGCAAACAGGUCGUUGAACUAGCUGUGAAAGAAUACGGACGCAUUGAUGUUCUAGUGAACAAUGCAGCCGAGCAGCAUUUGAGAAACUCAGUAGAGGAAAUCACUGAAAAGCAGCUUGAAAGGGUCUUCAAGACCAAUAUCUUUUCACAGUUCUUCUUGGUCAAGCAUGCUCUGAAGCACAUGAAAGAAGGGAGCUCCAUCAUCAACUCAACUUCAGUUAAUGCCUACAGUGGGAAUCCAGAAUCGCUGGACUACACGGCCACAAAGGGAGCCAUUGUGGCUCUCACUAGAGCUCUUGCUCAGGAACUAGUGAGCAGGGGAAUUCGGGUGAAUGCUGUGGCUCCAGGUCCAGUGUGGACGCCAAUACAACCUGCUACCAAGCCUCCUGAGAUGAUCCAGAACUUGGGUUCUGAUGUUCCAAUGAAGCGAGCAGCUCAGCCUUCUGAGAUUGCACCAUGUUAUUUAUUCUUGGCAUCCCUUCAGGACUCUUCCUACUUUACUGGCCAAGUCCUCCAUCCAAAUGGAGGGAUGAUCGUCAAUGCUUAA